AUGUCAGCAGCCAUGGCUCACGCUUUCCCCGGUAGCUCCACCUCGAGCUCCGGCUUUGACUUUUCCAACUAUUCGCGCAACACCUUCCUCUCGAAUCAAGGACUCGGUGGGUUCACUGCCACCUCCACGGGUACUACUAUCGUCGGCUGUAUCUUUAAAGAUGGUGUAGUCCUCGGUGCCGAUACACGAGCUACCGAAGGACCUAUCGUGGCCGACAAGAACUGCGAAAAGAUCCACUACAUCUCGGACAACAUUCGAUGCUGCGGUGCAGGCACUGCAGCAGAUACCGAGUUCGUCACGCAACUCAUCUCAUCCAACAUGCAGCUGCACGAGCUGAACACGGGGCGUCAACCACGUGUGGUUACAGCGAUGACCAUGUUGAAGCAGCGCUUGUUCCAGUACCAGGGUCACAUCGGUGCUGCGCUUGUGUUGGGCGGAUACGACGCUACGGGUCCACAUCUGUUCACGGUCGCCCCGCACGGGUCGACGGACAAACUGCCAUAUGUCACGAUGGGUAGUGGAUCGCUCGCUGCGAUGGCAGUGUUUGAAAGCGGCUGGGUCAAGGAUAUGGAGCGUGCAGAUGCCAUCGGCCUGGUAGCAGCCGCCAUCAGCAGUGGUAUCUUUAACGAUCUCGGAAGUGGUAGCAACGUCGACGUCUGCGUCAUCGAAAAGGGAAAGACCGAGUACCUUAGGAAUUACGAAACCCCCAACGAAAGGGUAAGCAAGGAACAGAGGUAUCAGUUCCCGCGUGGAACGACCGCUUUCACCAAACAGCAGAUUUACGAUAUGAUCAGAAAAGAGGACGUCCUCGAGAUUGGAAACAAAGCAGCUGUACCUGUCCCCGCCGCUGCGCCGGGAGAAGAGCGUAUGGACACGUCCUAG